AUGUUUCAAGGAAAUCUUUCUGGAGUAAUUGAGUUUAAUCUUGCUGGGUUAACAGAAAAACCAGAGCUGCAGUUGCCCCUCUUCUUCCUGUUCCUAGGAAUCUAUGUGGUCACAGUGGCAGGGAAUCUGAGCAUGAUUACCCUGAUACUAUUCAGUUCUCAUCUACACACACCCAUGUAUUAUUUCCUUAGUAGUCUGUCCUUUGUUGACCUAUGCCAGUCCACUGUCAUUAUUCCAAAAAUGCUGGUGAACUUUUUGGCUUUGAAUAACAUCAUCUCCUAUUCUGAAUGCAUGAUGCAAUUCUACUUUUUUACAUUUUUUGCUAUUGCAGAGUGUCACAUGUUAGCUGUAAUGGCAUAUGACCGCUAUGUUGCCAUCUGUAACCCCUUGCUUUACAAUGCUGUAAUGUCCUAUCAAGUCUGUUCCUGCAUGAUAUUUGGAGUAUACAGUAUGGCUUUGAUUGGUGCCACAACUCACACAGUAUGCAUGCUAAAAGUGGAUUUCUGUAAGGCUAAUGUAAUACAUCAUUACUUCUGUGAUCUUUCCCCACUCCUGGAACUCUCUUGUUCUGACACUUUUAUUAAUGAAGUAGUAGUUUUAUGCUUCAGUGUUUUCAAUAUCUUUAUUCCAACUCUGACUAUUCUAAGCUCUUACGUAUUAAUCAUUGCCAGCAUCCUCCGGAUUAAAUCCACUGAAGGCAGGUCCAAAGCCUUCAGCACCUGCAGCUCACACAUAUCAGCUGUUGCUAUCUUCUUUGGCUCCCUUGCAUUUACGUACCUGCAGCCAUCAUCAGUAAGCUCCAUGGACCAAGGGAAAGUGUCGUCUGUAUUUUAUACCAUAGCUGUGCCCAUGCUGAAUCCCUUGAUCUACAGCCUGAGAAAUAAGGAUGUCAAAGUUGUUCUAAAUAAGUUCCUUGAAAGAAAGUUUUCUUGUGAACAUAAGUGA